AUGGGUCUUGAAGAUCAGAAAGGUGCAAUCACAGAAGUCACAGAUGUGUCUUCAGACAAAAAAUAUCCUGAUGUAUACGAGGUGGAGGAUGUUCAGGAAACACUUGAUUUUUCUAAAAUGGACAAAGCUGCGCAAAUAAUGCAUGGCUCAAAUAUCAACUUAGAUGAAGUGGAUCCUAAAGUCAUUGCCAAACUUACUCGCAAAGUUGACAUGAUGAUCCUACCAUUUAUCUUUGUUUCAUACAUCUUUUUUUAUGUCGACAAAACAACGCUUUCUUAUGCAGCAAUUUUUGGAAUUGUAAAAGAUUUGAAUCUUACUGGAAGCAAAUAUAGUUGGCUUUCCUCUCUUUUCUAUUUUGGUUUCUUGUUUUGGUCAUUCCCAACCAACUAUCUCAUGCUUAAGUUCCCUAUUGGAAAGUACCUUGGUAUUAAUAUCUUUCUAUGGGGUGUUUUGCUUAUGAUUCAGGCUGCAUGCAAUUCCUUCAAGACUUUGGCUGUUCUUCGAGUUUUGGGUGGUGCGGCGGAAGCUUGUGCAGACCCAGCUUUUAUGCUUAUUACAGGCAUGUGGUACACACGUCGCCAACAACCUCUCCGCAUUGGUAUCUGGUUUAGUGCUACUGGCGUUGGUGUGGCUUUUGGUGGUCUUUUAGGUUAUGCCAUUGGCAAUAUCAAGGGUUCGCUUCCUUCUUGGAAAUAUGAAUUUUUGGUUAUUGGUGCUUUAUGUGCUACUUGGGGCCUUGUUGUUUUCUUUUUCCUUCCUGACAGUCCUGUUACCUCUAAAUAUUUGACUGAAGAUGAACGAGUUCUUCUCUUGACAAUUCUUAAAUCUAACCAGACAGGUAUUGAAAAUAAGACUCUAAAAUGGGACCAAGUUAAGGAAUGUCUUAUGGAUAUUAAAGUUUGGCUGCUUUUCUUUGGUGUUUUAGGUGCCAACGUACCAAAUGGUGGCUAUUCCAACUUCGGCACAAUCAUCAUUAAAGGCCUUGGUUUUUCAACACUUGGAACCACUUUACUGUCAAUUCCCUAUGGUGCUUCAAUUGCAUUUUCAAUCCUCAUUUGUGUUUAUCUCAAUCAUGCCCUUAGUAGAAACGGCGAAAACCGACGCGUUGUUCUUUUGGCAAUCUUUAUUCUUCCAAACGUUGCAGGAACAUUUGGUCUCUACUUUCUUCCGCAAACCAAUAAGGCUGGUCGCCUAAUUUGUUAUUACCUGACGGGUCCUGGUUAUGCUUCUUUUGUAUUGGUUUUAUCUCUGUUUUCCGGUAACGUAGCAGGCCAUACUAAGCGUACCGUUGCCAAUACAAUUAUGUUUCUGGGAUACUGCAUUGGUAACCUUAUUGGUCCAUUCUUUUACCUCGAUUCCCAAAAACCUAAAUAUCCACUUGGAAUCGGUUCUAUGCUUACCGGUGUCUUACUAUCCGGAUGUACUGCAAUAAUUUUGGGCUUUUACCUUAAAUGGUGUAAUAAGCGCCGUGACGAAGAACAAGGUGGUCGUUCUACUGAUCUGUCGAACUCUUUCAAAGAUAUGACGGACAAACAAAACAAAAACUUCAGAUAUAUUUAUUAA